AUGCCGCACUUCACCUACGUGGCCCCUGAGGCCGGUCACCACCGUCGCCGCCACGACGAGCCCGCAACGCAUCACCACCACCACCACCGCCGCCGCCGACGGGCCAGCGUCCAUUACCCCCUGCCAAUGGAGCCCGAGCGCAUCGAAGCCCCUGACUUCCGCUUCUGUGUCGAGCUCGGCCUGGUAAUCCGCAGCAGGAAACGCAACCACAAGACGGUCACGGGCCUCGAGGAGGAGAUCAGCACCCAGCUCACCCGCGUGGGGAUCCCCAACCACCUGGCCAGCGCCCGCCCCACGUCCGUCUCGUCGCGCGAGUGGACCAUCGCCAGCGAGCUCUGCAUCCCCUCCCGCCCGGCUGACUACCGCUUCGGCAUGAAGCUCGUCUCGCCCUUUGCGCGCUUCUCGAAGCGGCCCGAGGUGUGGCAGGCGGCCCUGCGCAGCGUCCUGCACACCCUCCACGCCCACUUCGAGGUCACCACGACCCACCAGUGCUUCACCCACAUCCACAUCGCCCCGGCCGCCGGAUACUGGACGCUCGAGCAGGCCAAGGCGCUGGCCAAGUCGGCGCUCUACUUCGAGCGCUGCCUGGACGCGCUGGUGCCCCCGUACCGGCGCACCAGCGUCUGGGCCAAGAGCAACCGCAACAACGUCUACUUUGCCGGCCUGCCCAUGGCCCAGUGCUUCGAGCGGAUCGACAAGCAGCCGACCUUCGAGGGCCUGAGCGCCCGCAUGGGCUGGUGCAGCGCCUCGUCGCCGACGGGCGCCGCGCUGGGCGCCGAGCCCGGCGCCGACUUCCUGCACGACGCCUUCCGCUGGGACUUUGCCGGCCUCAGCGCCGCCGGAGCCGGCGGCUUCGGCACCGUCGCCUUCCGCCAGCCCCCCGGCUCCGCCAGCGCGCCCGAGGCCGUCGCCUGGGUCAUGCUGGUCGGCUGCCUCGCCCGCCUGAGCUGCGGCGCCGGCGGCGGCCUCGACCCGGACGAGAAGCCCCAGCUCAAGAGCCUCGGCGAGUGGCUCCUCUACGAGGCCGAGUGGUCCGCCCUGCCCCACAAGGCCUUGCUCGAGGACCUCAUCGAUCGGGCCGUGCCCGUCACCCCCGCCCCGGGGAAGGUGGUCGGGAUGGACGCCGACGCCAUCACCAUCGACGAGGACCAGAGGUUGCGGUGGAAGUUGAACGACCGAAACCUGGUGCUGGAGAAAUACAUGAGGCUCUUGAAGCUCGAAUGA